CAAUGAGGAGCGGGGGGCGGAUAUAAAAGACUGAGAGCCGCUUUAAUCCGCAGCAGCAGCAGCAGCAGAACCGGAUCCGCUCCAGACCCGCAUCCCGCACACUGAACCACAGGCGAGCAGCCCGGACGUCAUCAUGCCUUUCGGAAACACCCACAACAAGAUGAAGCUGAAGUACACGGCGGAGCAGGAGUACCCUGACCUCAGCCAGCACAACAACCACAUGGCCAAGGUGCUCACACCUGAAAUGUACGCCAACCUGAGGGACAAGGAGACGCCCAGCGGUUUCACCCUGGAUGAUGUCAUCCAGACCGGCGUUGACAACCCAGGUCACCCUUUCAUCAUGACCGUGGGCUGCGUGGCCGGAGACGAGGAGACAUAUGACGUGUUCAAAGACCUGAUGGACCCAGUGAUCGAAGACCGCCACGGAGGAUAUAAACCAACAGACAAACACAAGACGGACCUGAACCCCGACAACCUGCAGGGUGGAGAUGAUCUGGAUCCAAACUACGUACUGAGCUCUCGGGUUCGGACAGGACGGAGCAUCCGUGGCUUUUGUCUGCCGCCACACUGCAGCCGUGGAGAGCGGCGCACUAUCGAGAACCUCUCCAUUGAAACUCUGGCCUCCCUGGAAGGAGACCUGAAGGGGAAGUACUAUGCUUUGAAGAACAUGACGGAGGAGGAGCAGCAGCAGCUCAUCGAUGACCACUUCCUGUUUGAUAAGCCCGUGUCUCCGCUGCUGCUGGCAUCUGGCAUGGGUCGUGACUGGCCUGAUGGCCGUGGCAUCUGGCACAAUGACAACAAGACGUUCCUGGUUUGGGUGAAUGAGGAGGAUCACCUGCGUGUCAUCAGUAUGCAGAAAGGAGGAAACAUGAGGGAGGUGUUCAAUCGCUUCUGCACUGGACUCACCAAGAUUGAGGAUUUGUUUAAAGAGCGAGGUCAUGAGUUCAUGUGGAAUGAGCACUUGGGCUACAUCCUCACCUGCCCGUCCAACCUGGGCACCGGCUUGCGAGCUGGCGUCCACGUCAAGCUGCCAAACCUGAGCAAGCAUGAGAAGUUCGGCGAGAUCCUGAAAAGGCUGCGGCUGCAGAAGAGAGGAACAGGUGGCGUGGACACUGCGGCAGUGGGCGGCGUCUUUGACAUCUCCAACGCGGACCGCCUGGGCUUCUCGGAGGUGGAGUUGGUGCAGAUGGUGGUGGAUGGCGUGAACCUGCUGGUGGACAUGGAGAAGCACCUGGAGGCUGGAGAGAGCAUCGACGACAUGAUGCCUGAACAGAAGUGACCUGCUUCACUGUAACUUCUGGCCCCGUCCUCCUCACCUGUCACCCCCUCUCCUCACUGUAACCACUCAGAAACCGUCCUGAUGCUGCGGGACGUUUAGAGCCGCUCAGUUAGACCUCAGUCUUCCAACAUGUGAAGGAUUUUCUACUUCCUGUCUCACGUGUUGGACUCACCUAACACCUGAAAUCUCUAAUAAAGUCUCUGUGGCCCAAACUCUC